AUGUCGCGACUGCUUCUGCCGUUUUUGGUUCUCUUCUCUGUCGCGGCUUUUGAAGUGCUGGAUGUUGGCGCGCCGCGUACUGGCACCCAAUCCAUGUACGAGGCUCUCAGGAUACUUGGUCUGAACACGCUCCACAGCGGCUAUAGGUCAGAUAAGCGGAUUCCCUGGUGCGAGUACCUAUUCGCCAAUGGCUCACUGCAAGAUGCGAUGGCCACCCUGGAAGGCUAUGAUGCUGCGAUGGACGAGCCUUUCCAGUUGGUCUAUGAGGAGAUUAUGGAAGCUUUCCCGAAGGCAAAGUUUGUGUUGACCAUUUCCGAUCCAGAGCGUUGGUUCGAGAGCUUUGUGAAGCUGAUCGCGGGCAUGGUUACUAGUCUUGGACCACAGAUCGAUGACUUUGGAGUCUUUUACGAAGAACGAAAAGAUCAUGAGGAGAUAAGAUACUGCGCGGCCGCAACCUACUGGGGAUGCGAGUUUGCAAAUUUCACUGAGAAAUCCAAACGGCACUGCUUGGAGGCUUACCAACAGCACAAUGAGCGAGUGCAGCAAGUGAUCCCGGCACACCGGCUACUUGUGUUCAACUUCACAGACGGCUGGGCGCCGCUGGCUCACUUCCUUGGCAAGCCAAUUCCGGUCCAGCCUUUCCCGCACGUGGACCUGGCGGGCUUGAUCUUCGAGGGGCGUGACCCUGAAUCGCCUCAGCCAGUCUCCUUUCUCCAGGAGUCCGUCCAGCUCAGGGAAGAACUUUGA